AUGGCGGACGGAAAAAAUAUUGAAAAAAUCACAGCGGAGCGCCUCGAGAGCCAGCGGAAACUGGCAGAAAUUCUUCAGGAUGAACGACGAUCCACCGAGGAGCGCCUCAAAGCUGCCACGGACGCCUUCAACGCUCUGCAGAGCCAGCUCACUCGAGCGCUGCAACAAGCGGAUGAGGAGAGGCAGGCGUUGCGAGAGGAAGUUAGCAAGCAGACUGAAGAGGCGACGAGAGCCGCGGGGCUCAUCUCUCAGCUUGAGACGGAUUUGGAGCUCACGAGGCGAUCGCUGCUUCAGCAGACUGCCCUAACCGCGGCCGCCGCAGCCGCUCAGGCGAUUGCGGCCACGGAGGGGGAAGAGAGCGAGAAACAAAAGAAGCUGGAGGAUGACAUUCAGCGUCUCGAGGAGGCAAAUGCAUCGUUAGAGAAGGCCGUUGCUGAGGAGAGGAAGAAGCUGGAGGAAGAAAGAAAAACAUGGAAACAACAGGAGGACGAGAGAGAGAAGACGCAUCAGGAGGCAGUUGAGAAGGCCGUUGCUGAGGAGAGGAAGAGGUUAGAGGAGGAAAGGGAAACAUGGAGAAAACAGGAGGACGAGAGAGAGAAGGCGCAUCAGGAGGCAGUUGAGAAGGCCGCUGCUGAGGAGAGGAAGAAGCUGGAGGAAGAAAGAGAAACAUGGAGAAAACAGGAGGACGAGAGGGAGAAGGCGCAUCAGGAGGCAGUUGAGAAGGCCGUUGCUGAGGAGAGGAAGAAGCUGGAGGAAGAAAGAAAAACAUGGAAACAACAGGAGGACGAGAGAGAGAAGGCGCAUCAGGAGGCAGUUGAGAAGGCCGUUGCUGAGGAGAGGAAGAAGCUGGAGGAAGAAAGAAAAACAUGGAAACAACAGGAGGACGAGAGAGAGAAGGCGCAUCAGGAGGCAGUUGAGAAGGCCGUUGCUGAGGAGAGGAAGAAGCUGGAGGAAGAAAGAAAAACAUGGAAACAACAGGAGGACGAGAGAGAGAAGGCGCAUCAGGAGGCAGUUGAGAAGGCCGUUGCUGAGGAGAGGAAGAAGCUGGAGGAAGAAAGAGAAACAUGGAGAAAACAGGAGGACGAGAGAGAGAAGACGCAUCAGGAGGCAGUUGAGAAGGCCGUUGCUGAGGAGAGGAAGAGGCUAGAGGAGGAAAGGGAAACAUGGAAAAAACAGGAGGAAGAGAGGGAGAAGGAAACGCAGAAGGCAGUUGAGAAGGCCGUUGCUGAGGAGAGGAAGAAGCUGGAGGAAGAAAGAGAGACAUGGAAAAAACAGGAGGAAGAGAGGGAGAAGGAAACGCAGAAGGCAGUUGAGAAGGCCGUUGCUGAGGAGAGGAAGAGGCUAGAGGAAGAACGAAAGGAACGAGAGGAAGAGGACGGAAAGAGGAAGGAGCAAGAGAGAGUGGAGAGGACCGAAGUGCUGAAGAGGACCGAGGAAGAAACGGCGAGAGCGAAGCAACAAGUGGAGGAGUUGGAGAAACGGAUGUGCGAACAAGAGGAGAAGAAUCGCCGCCUCGAGACCGUGUUACGAGAAAAGGAAGAAAAAGAAGAAGCGUUCAAACAACAGACCGCAGAGGAGAAGCAGGCCCUCGUGAAAGAAAUUGAACGGCUGACAGACCAAGCUGCAGAAGCUGCAGGGUACAAAGACGUGGCGGAAAAGCUGAGGAAGGCGAAUCAGGAGAACGGCGACCUCGAGUUGCGCCUCGAGGCCCUCGUCGACGAGAAGGAAGCAGCGGUGCGCGAGGUUACCGCGGCGAUGGAAAAGGCGCAAGACGAGGAGACGGAAAUUGUGAUGUUUAGCCAGAGUGGCGAGUUUUCAGACGAAGAGGACGAGGGGUUGCAGCCCUCGUCAGUCAUAAGGCGAAAGUUGCGCCGCAUUGAGAAACUCGAGGGAGAGGUGAAAACGAAGGAGGCGGCAGUCCACGACCUCGAAGAAAAAGUGAACACGCUGCUCGCCAGUCAGAGCGCUGCAACGGUGAACCUCGCGGCGAAGGAGGAGGAGCUAGCAGCCGAACAGAAAAGAAACGAACAGCUUCAGCGCGAUUUGGACGCACACAGAAAAGAAGAAGAGGAGAAGAAAAAGAGCGUGGAGGCUCUCGAGAAGGAAAACUGUGCUUUGCAAGAAAGGAACUUGGCUCUUGCCCAGCAACUCGCUGACGAGGGGACGAAGGCAGCAGACGCCGAGGCGAAACUGCAUGCAGCCGAAGAGGCCUUGAAGGCGGCACGAGAAGAAGCCUCGAUUUCCGCGGAAAGCGCUUCAGCAUUUGCGGACCGCCAGGAACUCCUUGAGAAGACGGGGCGACUGACGAUGGACCUGGCGGAGAAGACUGAGGAGGUUGCUCAGCUCCAGCAGAAACUUCGGCGGCUCGAGAAGCUGCCGCAAACCGCAGAGACUCUCAGCGUCCCCCCCACUAACGCAACCGGAGACGCCCUCGUCGACGAGAAUGCGCGCUUGCGCCGCGACAUCGCCACCAAGGACGGUCAACUCGCCGAGCUCGAACAGAAACUUAGCGAGGCCGAGCAGGAGGUGAAACUGAGAGCUCGCUCGAGAGCCGGUAGCGAGUGGAAGGUCGUGACUCUCGUACAGACCAACGCCGACUUGGUUACGAAGCUGGCGAAGGCUGAAGAAGACCUCGCCGCGGAGCGCCGCGCCGGCACUCAACAGAAGGAAGAGCGAGAGAGGAUGGCCCAGCAACAGAAAGACCAGGAGGAGAAGAUUCACGACCUCGUGGCGACAAAUGCGCAGCUUGUUGACGACUUGGCCGCGAAGGACGCGGCAGCGAGCGAGGCGACCAGGCAGCUGGUGCUCGCCACAGAGAAGCUGAAAAACCUCGAGGCUCGCCAGGUGAAGGCAGGCGAGCAGGCGUCGAAGAUAAACGAAUUGAAGACGUCCAACGAAACUCUGAGCGAGAAAGUGCAGGAGCAAGAGGCGGCGAUACGCGCACUUCACGAGGAGGCAGAAACGCGGAGGCGAGAAGCGGAAAAGGCCGCGGCGGACCUCGAGGCCAAGAAUCGGGACAUUGCAGAAAUAAACGCGACGCACGAGAAGGCUGUCGAUACGCUGACGAAGAAGGAGGCAGAAAUGGAGCGCGCUGCUCAGCACGCCCGCGAGGUCGAGGCAUCUCUCCGAGAGUCUCUUUCUGCCGCUCAGGCGCGACUAGAGGAGACGGAGAAGAAAAUUGUCGAAAUCGAAUCGCACUAUCGAGACGCGAGAGCGGCGGAAACUCAAGCGAAGGACGCAGCACUCGCCUCUCUGCGCUCUGAGCUCGCCAGUCUGAAGGCCCAGCUCGCCGGCGCGCAGAAAAAGCAGAACGCCGCGCAUGCGGAAGCCGAUGAGAAGGUUCAGCAGCUCCUCGCGGCAAAUAGUGGGCUGGUCACAGAACUUGCCGAGAAGGAAGCUCAUCUGGCUGACGUGAAGCACCAACUGGGAAAGUUGGAAGCGAAAGCUGCAAGAUGCUCUGAGGCGGUUUCGCCAGAGUCGAGUGCUGACGAGGCGAUGGCGCGCCUCCUCAUCACAAACAGUGAACUGAUGAACCGGCUGGCUGAAAAGGAAGAAGAAUCGACGCACGCCGCGCAGCUUCUGGCGACGCUGAAGUCGGAAAACGAGAUGCUUCGGUGUCGAAUCGAAGACCGGGAGCGCCAAGAACGCGAGGACGCGAGAGAAGACGAGAGAGGGAAGAACCUCCACAGCGAGCGAGAAAGCGAGAACGUCACGGCGCUCCGCGAACACUUGGAGGAAGCCCGAGUCCUCCUCGCACUCGAGAAGGAGAAACGCGUUCAGCAGAAUCUGAAGCUAAAGCGGCAGCUCGCCUCGGUCGAGGAGGCGCGAAAGAAACUGGAAGAAGAACGCGACGAAGCACUCGCUGCGUGGGAGACGCACCAAUGCUCGACGUCGCCCGCGCCUUCAGGUCGCCGGCGAAGCCCAGAACGAAGCCAGACGCCUUCAGAGAGAGAAAACGUUCCAGAGACCGGAGCCAGCGGGGACGCGGGUCCCGGGGUGCCGCGUCUCGCGCGUUUCAAGCGCGAAGUGGAGAGACUCCGCGAGGCAGGCGCCGACAUCAGCCCGCUGGAAGAGCGGUUUCUCCUCCGCAAGAUGGAGCGACAUCCGACAGAGGCGGAAGCGACGCUCGCGAUUCGCCGCGCAGAAGUCGAGAUGCACGAGAAGGUGGCCGCGGGACGUGGCGGAAAACAUCCAGGAAGCUGGUGGCCAAACGACGGAACCAGUGUGCAGGCGAAACCUCCUGGGACGCGCCUCGCCGCGCUGAAAGAUCGCGAGAACGACCGAGUUGAGUUGACAGCUGCAGAGAUGGCUUUCUUCGGAGGCGACGGGCCCUCUGUUCUGAGUGUACUGGAGCACUCCACUCCGCCUGAAAGCUACUUGGCUCUUCCGUUCGCUGCGCCUCCUCACGCGCACCUCCAGUCUUCCUCCUCUCGUCCUCGCCUUGUCUCCCCUUUGUCUCCUUUCGCGGGUUCUGCGGCGGCGUCGCCUCACCCUUCGGAUUUCCUCACUUCGGUGUCUCUGUAUCGGCCAGAGUUGUGGCGAGAGGCUUCAGCAGCUUGCCUGACGUUCUCAGAGCCUCAGCCGUUCGAGUUGUCUCCUUCGAGGCUGCCGCCGCUUCGACAGACUCCCGAAGAAGCGAUGCGGAACCCCUUCCCGCUGAUUCAUACCCUGGCCACAGUCUACAAAGGCCACCCCCGUCCGUCGCGCUGUACGGCGAACCGGAAUUCUUCCUCGUCGACCAGUGCGUCGCGGGUGAAUUCCCCCGCUUCGCUUCAGCCUUUCUUCGCACCGCUGCCGCUCUCGCGACCGUUUGCAGCGAGAAGAGCGAAACGCGGCGACUGCGUGCGGAACGGCCCGAUCGCAGUCGCCUCGCCGCACGGAAACGCGGAAAGAGAGAACGGAAACAAGCACAGGGAGAACGGCGGAGAGACAGAGCGCGAACGGGCGAGAAGACCUCUUGCGGAGUCUCCAACAGAGACGCCGUUUGCGGCAGAGAAGGGAGAAGGAAAUGGAGAGCAAAGAUAUGGACAAGACAGAGACGAGGAAGAUCAAGGCUUUCACACAAACAGUUUAGACUCUGACAGCCCGGGAUCGGGAAGGCAAGAGACACCGGAAGGCAAAGGGAAGAAGAGGCGCGGUUUCCAGCGACUCUUUCCGCACAGAGACUCCGAAAAAAAACCAAAGGGAAGAGGCCUCGGUGGGCGCGUUGCGGGCAUCAUCUCAGUCAGUCGAACGAACUCUUCAGGCCGAGACUGGAAGCGGUAG